AGAAAUGGAAAACACUUAAUAAAAAGUAGAAACAGAUUUAAACGAUAUAACAUACGCUAAAGCGAAUCAUAUAAACAACGAUUUUUUAUUUGUUGUUUACUACUUUUUCUUUCACCUAAAAGAGCCUAUGUAUAAGAAAAAAGUCAUUAAUUUAUUUUAAUUAGCAAAGGAGUGUUGCUAAUUCUAGGAUUUGCUCUGCGGUGAAAAUAAUUAAAAAUUAAGUUAUUGAAUCAGCAUUUACAAACAUUGUGAAACAAUCGCAAUGGGUUGUGCCGAAAGUAAGGAUGGUGAAGAGCCGCAAGGAAACCGACCCAAAUAUAGGACAUGCACUGAUACGUUUUGGCUUGCAGUAUUUAUACUCUUUUGGCUAUUUUUGAUUGUUAUAGCGAUAUUUUCUUUUGUUUAUGGAAAUCCAUUACGAGUAAUUAACGGUUAUGACUCAUUCGGAAAUACCUGUGGUGUUCAACGCAAUGAAAAAUUCACAAAUUUCCCACUUUCCGGCAUGAACACCCUUGAUAAACCGGAGCUAUUUUAUUUUGACUUCAAAAAUCCCCGUCAGUCUAUUAAAAUAUGUGUAAAAGAAUGCCCGAAAAGAGAUAUUGCAAAUAAGGAUGAGCUCUACAAAUACUACCGGGACACACAUAUGACAUUUUGCAGUUAUGAUUUUAAUAUGGACCUACUUUCCGGACCUAAUGUUGACAAAUAUUUCAAUUAUCUGGGCCCAUGUCCCAAACUUCCAAUCUAUGAAGAAUCUCCGGUUUUACAUCGCUGUAUGCCGAAAGGCAAGAAUGCAAGUGAAUUGUACAAACUACUUAACUCAUGGGAUGUUGCUCAACAAUUUUUAGGUGAUAUAUAUUCAACCUGGCACAUUGUGGCUAUAAUUUGCGGGUUUGCAUUAUUAAUGUCAAUUGUGUUAGUGACUCUAAUGCACUGGAUGUCUCGCAUUAUUUCUUGGCUUAUCUGCGUUCUAGUUAUUGUGGCCAGCACAGCUCUAACUGCUGCACUCUGGUACGCAUAUUAUAGCAUACGACACAAGUCAAAACUAAACGCUCAAUAUUCCAUGCUGGAAGAAUUUAUAAGAAAUGAAGACGCCGUCUAUAUACUCGCCAUAUUAGCGACUAUAACUCUGAUUGUCUUAGUGGUUAUAAUUUACUUCCUAAAAAAUAAACUUUCUGGUUUGUCCGCCCUCUUUGAAGAAGCUGGAAUUUGUAUGAUGAACUUACCGGGCUUGUUGAUUGCUCCUCUGCUGGCCUUUGUUGUUUUAGCCGCGUUUUUGGCCUUUUGGGUGUUGGUAGUGAUUUGUAUUGCCACAGCUAGUGCCCCAGGCCAGAGUCCAAUAGCUCCAUUCGAUAAUACAGCAGCUCAUCAACAACCUCACUUAACAGAAAUUGCCCCACCGAAAAAUACUUCAGAAGUGAGCUUUAAGACAAUUUUACGCGUAGAAUAUACUGAUGCUAAGGCAAUACGAGGUAUGUUUUGGAUUUAUGUGAUUGGACUUAUUUGGACGACUGAAUUCAUUUUUGCAUGCCAGCAAUUUGCACUUGCUGCUGCAGUUGCUUUCUGGUAUUUUCAAAAACCCACUUCCACCCCCACCACAUACGCAAUUGGAAAGCUACUUAAAUAUCACUUGGGUACUGUAGCUAAAGGUUCAUUUGUAAUAACAAUUUUCAAAAUACCGCGUCUCAUUCUGACCUAUCUCUACGCCAAAUUCAAAAAGGGCGAAGACAAAGGUUCCGAAUGUGCUGCCUGUUGCCUCAAAUGUUGUAUUUGCGGUUUUUGGUUGCUGGAAAAAUUCAUACGGUUUUUGAAUCAUAAUGCAUAUACCGUUGUUGCUAUUGAGUCCAUAAAUUUCUGCCCGGCAGCGGGUAUUGCUUGGAACGCUAUGGCAACAAAUGCCCUGCAAGUGGCAACAAUUAACAGUGUAGGCGACUUUAUACUUUUCCUGGGGAAAAUUAUUGUUGCAUCUCUUAGCGGUCUUAUAGGCAUUUUUAUGCUGAAAGAUCGUCCCGGAUUGAAUUUCUACAUGGCUCCAGUUAUUAUUAUCAUAGUUUUCUCAUUUUUCAUAGCACAUAUUGUUCUGAGUCUUUUUGAGAUGGUGGUGGAUACACUAUUUCUAUGCGUUUGUGAGGACAAAACAAUCAAUGGCAGAGGCGGUCGUUGGGCUCAAAGUAAUCUGGCCAAAUUAGUUGGCGAAGAGCCACUGCAGCCUGGUGAAGAGCCACCCAUACAAGUGGUGGAGAUGAUGCCAAUCAAUAAAGAACCAUUCAGCGUAACUAGACUACCACGCACCGAUGUCGUUGAUGGUUUUACUGAAUAAAACUAAAAACAAAUAACCAUCACUGGUUGAAGCGUACAUUUAACAAACCAUUCAACGAAGAAGCUUCAUAAGUGGUCAUAAUGUUUUAAGAUAUUUAUUUAUAUAUACUUGAAUAUUUUUUUAUCAAAUUUUGUAUAGCAAGCUGAGAAGCAGAAACAGCCGAAAUCCAACGAUGAUUAGGUGUACAAACAGGCUUGUGUAUAUA